AUGGAUACAGAAAUUCGCCAGAAGAGCGGGGCACAGUUGCUGCAAUAUGCACCGUUUAGCAGUUGCGUGGACCCUCGGUUCUGGUACAAACUGUCGCAAUUGAAGCUAGAAAAGUACAAAUUGAGCGAGGAGUCUGUGAAUAUCGAUGGGUUCUUUUCAAACGUUUCCACUCUUGGAAUGGGCCUCCGAGUUUCCGUCGAUGAAUCGUCGUUUGAAAGGAAUUCAGGGAUCGGCCAUAAUCUCUUACCUAUGCGAGGGACCCUAAUGAACAAGAACACAUUGGACGGUUUUCGGGAUUUGGACAAGAAAGCUCUUCUGCAAGAAGUGGGGAAGGAAUUGUGGAAGCAGAUUCAGAAUGGCCAGGCUCUCGAGAAUCCUACCAUACUCAACUCCUUUCUUCUCCUCACCUUUGCUGACCUGAAGAAGUACCGUUUCUACUUCUGGUUUGCUUUCCCUGCAUUGUUACACCCAUCUACACCUGUGUACGCAUCAUCCAUUCAUGACAUUGCUGAAGAAAUGAACCCAAAGCAGGUUGCUUCAUUGGGGGAUGCUUAUUCAAAUAUCCCUGCAGAAUCCCCAUCUAAGCAGUUCUUCAUAGUGACAUUACUAAAUGACAACUGUGAUAUUGCCAGCUUGGCAACAUUUAACGAAAAAGUUGAGGAAUGGAGAAGGAACUCUGCCACAAAGUUUUAUCUGGGAUUUGCUGAUCCAUCCCAAUUGGAGGCGAAUCCCGGAUGGUCUUUGAGGAACUUCAUUGCCCUCAUUCAUCAUCUCUGGUAUCCAGACUUAGGGGAUGAAGUGAAAGUCCUCUGUCUCCGUAUGGAAUAUGGAAAAGGGGGCUCAAAUGUGGCAAAGAGCAUUUGUGUGACAGUGCAACUCUCAAGCCUUUUGGCAGAGACACCAGACUUCCCAGGGACUAUAGGCUGGGAGAAGAACCUCAAAGGAAACAUGGGACCUCGAAUGGCCGAUCUCAGCUCUUCCCUUGAUCCAAUUAGGUUGGCAGAAUCAGCAGUAAGCCUGAAUCUGCAGUUGAUGAGGUGGAGAUUAGUUCCAUCAUUAGACCUGGAGAAGGUUGAACAGACUCGAUGUCUGCUCCUUGGGGCUGGCACCUUGGGAUGCAACAUUGCUCGAUGUCUCUUGGGCUGGGGUGUGCGUGAGAUAACAUUUGUCGACAGUGGGAAGAUUUCCUUCUCGAACCCAGUUCGGCAGAGUCUGUUCGUGCAUGAGGAUUGCCUGGAAGGAGGAAAGAACAAGGCAGAAGCAGCUGCUCGUGCUCUUCAACUCAUCUUCCCUCCUGUUAGAAGCCGGGGAGAAGCAUUGCACAUCCCAAUGCCAGGUCAUCCGGUGAGCAAGGCAGAAGAGGAAUCUCUGAAGUCGGCUGUAGCUCGCCUCGAAGAACUCGUAGCCAGCCACGAUGUGGUUUUCCUUGUGAUGGACUCCAGAGAGAGCAGGUGGUUGCCCACCCUCCUUGGGGCAGUGCAUCAAAAGCUGGUCAUUACAGCUGCUCUGGGCUUUGACUCCUUCCUCGUAAUGCGACACGGGCUGAAGACUUGCUCCGUUGACCCUGGAGGUGACAGCCCACCUCUAGCUUGCUAUUUCUGUGGGGAUGUUGUUGCCCCUGGCAAUUCUAUGAAAGCGAGGACUCUGGAUCAGCAGUGUACAGUGACAAGACCUGGGAUCUCCAUGAUAGCUGCUGCUUAUGCAGCUGAAUUGGCUGUGUCUGUCAUCCAGCAUCCUCUUGGGGGUGGAGCUCCUGGUAUAUCAUUAGAGAAGUUUGGGGAAGAAGACGUGGGAAAUGAAAGAGAGGCCGAUUGUGUCUUGGGAAAAGUGCCUCACAUGAUUCGGGGCUUCCUUUCUGCCUGGCACCAACUUGGUCCUGCCACUCCUGCCUUCUCACAAUGCACAGCCUGUUCAGAAAAGGUCAUUGAGGCUUACAAAAGUGAAGGCCUUGAGUUCCUGUUGAAAGUGUUUGAGUCGUCUGCAUACCUGGAAGAAUUGACUGGCCUUAAGAAGCUCCAGGAAGAGAGCUUUGAUGCUGAGGUUUGGGUGAUGGACGAUACUGAUGACGAUGAAACCGAGGAUCAUGACGAUCUCAGGGGUUCUGUUGAGGAUGCUGCAUCCUCAUGACUUUCUACCAUACCAGG